GAAUCUCGAUAAACCUUCCAACUCCACAAAGUUAGCAUUCCCACCUCUGAUCCAACACCAUGGGAGGAGUAUCUACUCAAUUCCCACCACUCCUUCCCCCGGAGGAUCAACACCCUCACACCGCCGCGCCGCCGGCGGAGAAGCGCUCCAACAAGCUCGCGCUCCUCCCCCUAAUUUUCCUCAUUUACUUCGAGGUCGCCGGGGGCCCCUACGGCGUGGAAGCCGCCGUCGGCGCGGCCGGCCCUCUCUUCGCGAUUCUAGGGUUUCUAAUUUUCCCCUUCAUCUGGAGCAUCCCGGAGGCCCUGAUCACGGCGGAGCUUGCCACCGCCUUCCCCGGCAACGGCGGAUUCGUGAUUUGGGCUCACAAGGCGUUCGGCCCCUUCUGGGGCUCGAUGAUGGGCUCCUGGAAGCUCCUCAGCGGCGUAAUUAAUCUCGCCUCUUAUCCAGCCCUAUUCGUCGACUACAUCAAGCUCGUCUUCCCCGUCGUCUCCUCCGGCGUCCCUAGAUUCGUCGCCGUCCUGUUUUCCACUCUGUUUCUAUCCUUCCUGAAUUACACCGGCUUGACAGUCGUCGGAUACACCGCCGUCUGCCUAGGGUUAAUUUCCCUCUCCCCAUUCUUAGUCCUUUCCCUAAUUUCGAUCCCUAAAAUCGAUCCCCGCCGCUGGCUCAGUCUAGGGCAGAAAGGAUUGGGCAAAAACUGGAGAUUAUUCUUCAACACUCUGUUCUGGAACUUGAAUUUUUGGGAUAACGCCAGCACAUUAGCCGGCGAGGUAGAACAGCCACAGAUUACAUUCCCUAGGGCUUUAUUCUCCGCUGGAAUUCUCGCUUGUUUAGGCUACUUGAUUCCUCUCCUCGCCGCCACCGGAGCAACACCGCUGGAUCAAACAAAAUGGGCGGACGGCUACUUCGCCGAUCUAGCUUCCAUAAUCGCCGGCCCCUGGUUAAAAGUCUGGGUCGAAUUCGGGGCCCUUUUGUCGGUGAUCGGGCUAUACGAAGCUCAAUUGAGCAGCUGCGCGUAUCAAAUCCUCGGCAUGGCUGAUCUAGCAGUCGUGCCGCGGGCAUUCGGGCAGCGAUCCAAGUGGUUCGACACCCCUUGGGUCGGGAUCAUGCUGUCCACUCUUGUUGCAUUGUGUGUUUCGUGUUUGGAAUUUUCCGACAUAAUAUCAUGCGUGAAUUUCUUGUAUAGUUUGGGGAUGUUGUUGGAGUUUGCAUCGUUUCUCCGGCUGAGGCAGAGCAUGGCCGGAGUGGAGCGGCCGUAUAAAGUUCCGGCGGGGAUGCGGGGGCUGGUGGUUAUGUGUUUGGUGCCUUCUGUAUUUUUGGUGUAUGUUUUGGCUGUUGGUAAUGGGACUGUGUAUUUGGUUAGCUCCUUGCUGACUGCUGCAGGUGUGGUCUGGUAUUUCUUGAUGAACUUUUGCAGGUCGAGAAUGUUGGUCGAGUUUGAUGGGGACGACGAUGAUCCUUUCUUGCAUUUGAAUUAGACAAGACAAGACAACCAAUUUGGUGUAAGUAAUCUUGUUUAAUUUCUAUUGUUUGAUCUGAUUAAGAUCAAGUAAAUUUGAUCUGAUUGAAGACAUUUUUAUAUGUAUUUGUUUCUAGAAGCUCUUUAGUUAAUAAGAUUGUGUUGAAAUUUUAUGUGGGAUUUCAAUUUGUGUA